GGGAGCAGGGUGGCUGCGUUUGGCGGGAUAGGAGACGGUUGGAAGCGAGGGACUUGUCACUGCACCGCAAAGUGACUUGCAGCCCUUUGCAACACUGCACUGCCCUGCAGUCACCGAGGGCGGCCAACUCUCCUCGGAAACACUCAGCGAGCCGCGUCCUCAGCUGGUCGCAGGAUGCCGCUGGCACAGUUAGCCGGUCCCUGGCCCAAAGUGGACGUGGUUCACCUGGAGACGGAGAAUGGACAUGGAAUGUCGGAGGAAAUGACAGAUCUUCCAGCGCAGGAAAAGUCAGAAAUCACAUGGAUAGAAAAGGACUUUGCCUCUCUAUGUUGUAAGGAUGACGAGAAUGUGAAAGAGAUCAACAUCACCCAUCAUGUAAAAGAAGGAUCAGAGAAAGCUGAUCCAUCCCACUUUGAGCUCCUGAAGGUACUGGGCCAGGGAUCAUUUGGAAAGGUGUUUCUCGUGAGAAAGAUCAAAGUGCCAGAUGCGGGCCAGCUGUAUGCCAUGAAAGUACUGAAGAAAGCGACACUAAAAGUACGUGAUCGUGUACGGACUAAAUUGGAGCGAGAUAUUUUGGUGGACGUAAAUCAUCCAUUCAUUGUGAAGCUGCAUUAUGCUUUUCAAACAGAAGAACUGUACCUCAUCUUGGACUUCCUCAGAGGAGGUGAUCUAUUUACCCGGCUUUCUAAAGAGGUAAUGUUCACAGAAGAAGAUGUUAAGAUAUAUCUGGCAGAGUUGGCUUUAGCCUUGGACCAUCUUCACAGUCUUGGAAUUAUCUACCGAGACCUCAAACCGGAAAAUAUUCUAUUGGAUGAAGAAGGACACAUUAAGCUAACAGACUUUGGCCUGAGUAAGGAAGCCGUUGAUCAUGAGAAGAAGGCGUAUUCGUUUUGUGGAACUGUUGAGUACAUGGCUCCUGAAGUGGUUAACCGGCGAGGCCAUACACACAGUGCUGACUGGUGGUCCUAUGGUGUUUUGAUGUUUGAAAUGCUUACUGGUUCUCUGCCAUUCCAAGGAAAAGACAGAAAGGACACCAUGACGCUCAUUCUGAAGGCUAAAUUGGGGAUGCCUCAGUUCUUGAGUCCUGAAGCCCAAAGUUUGUUGCGGGCACUUUUCAAGAGAAAUCCUGCUAACAGAUUAGGAGCGGGUGUGGAUGGUGUGGAGGAAAUCAAACGGCAUCCGUUCUUUGCAAAUAUAGAUUGGAAUAAACUCUAUCGAAGGGAGCUGAAGCCACCAUUCAGACCUGCUGUGGCCAGGCCAGAUGAUACCUUUUACUUUGAUCCUGAGUUUACGGAACGGACACCCAAAGAUUCUCCUGGUGUUCCUCCAAGUGCCAGUGCUCACAAAUUAUUCCGAGGCUUUAGUUUUGUGGCAACAGGAGUAGAAGAGGAAGAAGUUAAGACUGAGCAUUCAAAUCUGGUCAUUCACCCAGUUUUGCAGCAACUGCAUGGAAACAACAUGAAUUUUACUGAUGGUUAUGAGCUGAAGGAGGAUAUUGGUGCAGGUUCAUACUCUGUCUGCAAACGGUGUAUUCACAAGACCACAAAUAUGGAGUAUGCAGUCAAGAUUGUUGAUAAGAGCAAGAGAGACCCCUCAGAGGAAGUUGAAAUUCUACUGCGGUAUGGACAGCACCCAAAUAUCAUUACACUGAAAGAUGUCUACAAUGACAAUAAGUACAUCUACCUCGUGACAGAGUUGAUGAGAGGAGGCGAACUGCUGGAUAAAAUAAUGCAGGAGAAGGGCUUCUCUGAGCGGGAGGCAAGUGCUCUUCUCCACACAAUCACCAAAACAGUGGAAUACCUGCAUUCUCAGGGGGUGGUUCACAGAGACCUGAAGCCAAGUAAUAUCCUGUAUGUAGAUGAAUCAAGUAAUCCGGAAUCUAUCCGAAUUUGUGAUUUUGGUUUUGCUAAGCAGCUGAGGGCUGACAAUGGGCUCCUCAUGACUCCGUGCUAUACGGCCAACUUUGUUGCCCCAGAGGUUCUCAAACGGCAAGGAUACGAUGAAGGUUGUGAUAUUUGGAGUCUGGGCAUUUUGCUGUAUACCAUGUUGGCCGGUUAUACCCCAUUUGCUAAUGGUCCAGAUGACACACCAAGUGAGAUUCUGGCUAGGAUUGGGAGUGGGCAUUACAGUCUGCAAGGUGGAAACUGGGACAAAGCCUCUUCUGCUGCAAAGGACCUUGUCUCCAAGAUGCUGCAUGUUGACCCCCACCAACGCCUCACAGCAAAACAGGUCCUGAAACAUCAAUGGAUCGUGAACCGAGAUCAGCUGCCACAGAGCCAGCUUGCCCGGCAGGAUGUCAAGCUUGUUAAAGGGGCGAUGGCUGCCACAUUCUCAGCCUUGAGCAGCUCUCCGCCAGCACCAAAACUGGAGUCUGUGAAGGCAUCAACUUUGGCUCAACGCAGAGAACUUAAAAAACUGCCAUCCACAUCACUGUAAUUCAGAAUCGGCACCUACAGCUCACUACAAACUAAGAUCACUUCUGGGAAAGCUAAAUUACAUGCACAGUUGUAGAGAGUGACCCCCUCCAAGAUGUGGCAAUUCAUAGGAGUUUGGAGCUUUGGGAAUCUGUGGGACAAUUUUACAGAACAUGGGAGAUAAAGGAAUGGAGCUGAGGGCACCUGCCUGCCAUCAUAUGUGAAGUAAUUUUUUGCUUACAACUUUGAUACAGAGUCUGAAAUAUCUUGCACCAGUUUUUGGUGAAAACCAUCAUGAGCUGUCAGGAAGCUUUGAUUUCUGUUUAAGAAUAUUUAUUGUGGAUUUCUAAUGCUUUUAAGGACAUGGGGAAAAAGCAGUACUUUUUAAACUGGCCAUGAGCAUGUUCUGGGUGCAAGUCAUUACAAAGCAUAAUUGUCAGUGAAUCCCUGGGCUGUUUUCAGGUCAAAGCUCAGGUUCAGAGUAUGCAGCAACAUUCCUGAGAGCUUUGAAGAUUUUAAACUAAUGAUUGUGUGUAGAAGUUCAUCACUGUUUAAGUAGUCUUUCUUGUUUCAGUGUUAUUUUCCCCUCCAAUGCGGUAACUCAAUAUUUGCAUCAUAGAUCAUGCUACCUGCAAUAAAAUAUGGCAAAGGCUUAAUUAUAUGCCCUGAAAAUCAACAUUUAUUGCUGCUUCAAUUUCUUUUUCCAACCUUAGGAUUAUGUGAGCUAAACAGCAUGGUAAAUGAAAAGCUGUGUUGUAAUAACUUAGUCUGCCAAUGGGCAACUGAAAUCUACCCAUACCAUUGGAUUGCAUCCACAAAACAAACAUCAAAUGCUUUAAAAACAACAAAUCAGCUGUCUAAAAUAUCUGCUGAACUCUGUACCAACAAGUUAUGUUGCUAUAAGAGUUAAAUUUACCACUAGAUAUGGUACUUUCAAGUACCAUCAUUAUUCAUUAGCCAUUUAGUUAGUUGUCCCAUAGACGGUGCUUGAAUUCUGCUUUCUCGACUAAUUAAGUAUCCUGACCCUGCCAGUAUCUUUCUGACUGCGUACCUGAAUAGUGUCAGUAUCUGGAGCAACUGUAUCAAGUAGUGACAGUACCUAGAAUGAUUUAUCUAGUGAUGUCUGGCAGAACCUGGAGGUGAUUGCAUUUUGGGAUGGGACUAUAGCAGCAGUGUUUGUGUAUCCAGGCCAUAUAUGUACAUGGAGUAAUUAUGUAUCAGUGUGAUUGUGUAACUGAGAAGUGGUUAUACCAAGAGUGAUUUGUGUAUAUGGGAGUGUAAUUACUUAGAGUGAUUGUGCAUUGAACUGUGGUUAUACUAGGAUUGAUGGUCUAUCUGAGGAGUGCAUGUAACUGGUAUGAUUGAGGAUCCAGGGCUUGUCAGCAUCUGCAGUGUUUGUAUUCCAAUCAAUGCUGAAAUAAUAGCUUCAAAGAUUAGUGAUUUUAAUAAGUAAUAAAGAUGAUAAAUAGUUAAUUUAAUUGAAAUACUUUUUUCACUGUCUGGUGUUCAAUAGGAAUUGCUAAUCUAAUGGCAAGGCAACCAACUCUUCAAAUUGAAUGGUUGACUCCUGUCUUCCUAAGAUAUGUUGGAUAAUUGAUCCUAGGAGAUAAUAGCACCAGUUUAACAGAUGGCAUGAUGAAUUGAACAUUUGUUUUGCAGUAGAUUAAACAUGAAGCAUGUCAAUAUGUCAUAGCAUUCAGGUGUAGUCCUAGAUGGGCUGAUCAUUUUAAGGCAGUGUAUGUAAACAUUUAUAUUGAACCUAAAAGCACAUUAGAUUGUUGGGUUCCAUGUAGUCUGAUGAUCUCAUUUCUAUGAAAUAACGUACUUGUAUAUUUUCCAUGUACCGACCCACCGAAAGAGAACCAAUACCUCCAGUAUAUGUUGCCCUGAAAUGGAGAUCCACCUCUUCAGGAAACUGACAGCCUUAGAACUCACUCCAAUUGCUAUUUGAAGAAAAAGUCUCCCAGGUGGUUGAUAUUCAAUGAGUUUUUGGAGUUGCUUAUUAAUAUAAUUGCACAAAAUAUAGAGAUUUGAAAAAUCCCAAGCGAAGUGCACAAACUGUUACAGUAUUUUCACUACUCCCGGGGUCAUUCUAUAGAUGCCAUGCUCAAAUAGCUCUAUAGUGCAGCUGUGACAUGUAUCCCAUCACAUAAUUUUCUGGCUGCAGGAUCAUUCAAUCUGUUUUACUAUCCAUUGCAGGAAUAAUCUUCUUGCUCUAUUGCUGCACAACCUGAGAGUCAUUUAGUUUAGGAGACAAUAAUAAUUGGUGAGGAGGUUAUUCCUUCAAUUCUCCAUUUCUGAAAAAUGCUGUUGCAGUAUUACCUUAUGGGCCAUGUAAAAGAAUCAAGGUCAAGAAAUUUGAUCAGUGCUGUAUAACUGGAAAUGGACUUCUUCCAAAGUAAAACAUGAUGAUAACCAUUGCUGAGUUGUUUCACCAGCCCCCGCAAAUUCAAUUUGGCACUUCUUGGCACAAAUUGUCUUUGUGUGUCUGAUUUCUGUGUUAGAUUUGCCUCAAAUGCCACCAUUUUUCAUGCAGUGAUAUUUUUGGAGCAUUGCUGGAAAAAUUGGUCAACAUUUUUCCAGGAGAGACUGUCAUUGUGCAUUCCCAGGACAAAGCUUUGCUAAUGCUAUGCUGGACUGUGACUCCAUGAAGUUAAGUUCCAAUCUAUGCCUUUUAUCCUUCAUGACCCUACCUGACCAUACUACCAAUGCCUUGAUUUCCCUAAUCUCCUGACUCCCUCUAUUCAUUGGCACCCACCUCUCCACCUCUGAUCCUCGCUACCCCUUUCUUCCAAUCACUUCUGACUUCAAUUUCUCUGAUAGCCAGGUCUCCAAAAUCUUUGCCCCUCCCCUCCUCCCCUGCUGCCCCCCCCCCCCCCCCGCCAACUAUCCCUAACACCUUUAAUCUUCAGCCAGUGGACAUUGGCCCCCUUGGCUCUGAUUGGGCCAUAUCAGCAACAACCUCCCACCUUACUUUCCACUCCCCAAUGCCAAUCAGACUUCUGAUGCAGCUCCACUACUCUCUUCUCUAGACCCCAACCUCUGAAUGCAAUUGAAGAAAACUGACCCUCGUGUUACUUAGAGUCAUUGCAUAUUCUGAGAGGUGGUUCUGAUCCUGCAUUCUCCAGUGUUGUUGCUGCAGAUAAUGAGUGGGGUUGGACUUCGCUGCAUAAUUUGUGUUUCCUGUAUAAAUUGGCAUUGUUAUGCCCACAGAUGAUUUUUUUUGUUGUUGAGUGGAACCAGGGAGGGUAGUGUUGUUAUGCUGUGUGUAGCAAGCAAGGUCUAAUUUCUGCAACUUGCAAUGAACUUUAAUGCUCUCAUUAAAAUUACAGGAUAAAAUUAAAAGUUUCAACGGAUGUAACAUUUUCUAUCAUUUGAAAUGAAUUAUUGAUUUUGUAAUUUGUUCUUGUCAUUUUAAGUUUUGAAUGUGUCUGCUGCAUUAUCAGAGGUUUAUACUGCAAAACUGAAUAAACAGCAGAACUGCA